CCCGGCCACCGGCCGCCCGACCGCUUGUGAUAUUUUUUUCCCCGGCACGCCCUUUAGACCAGCGACUGGCUUUUGACUCUUUUUUGCCUCCGUCACCAUCUCCAGAUCGCCCAUUUACUGUGCUUCGACUCCAAUUGAGUGCUCCCGCGCGGCCUCACUUCCCACCGUUCCUCCCUCGCCGCCUUCCUCAGAGCCCCCGGCUCUCUGGUUCGUCUGCCCACUGACCGUCACCGCCCACCUCCCACCACGCCCCCAGCUCCUCCACCUCCGCGAUGCUCCGAACUCGCCAGGCCACCCGCGCCAUCAGGGCUGUCGCCCAGGCGCGCGCCUUCACCACCACCACUGCCGCCGCCGCUGUCCAGGCUCCCAAGAAGAUCACCGCCGCCAAGCGGAAUCAGACGACCACUGCUGCUUCCAGCCCGGCACGCGAUAUCCCCAGCCCUGCUUUCAACGCCGACAAGAACCAGAGCCAUGUCCAGCCCCUCGUUAACCCCCGGAGGAGUGACAUGGAUGAGUCAUUCAUUGGCAAGACCGGUGGUGAAAUCUUCCACGAGAUGAUGCUCCGACAGGGCGUAAAACACGUUUUCGGAUAUCCCGGCGGUGCCAUUCUCCCCGUCUUCGAUGCCAUCUACAACUCAAAACACUUCGACUUCAUCCUCCCCCGCCAUGAGCAGGGUGCCGGUCACAUGGCUGAGGGCUAUGCCCGCGCUUCCGGCAAGCCUGGCGUCGUCCUCGUCACCUCCGGCCCCGGUGCUACCAACGUCAUCACGCCUCUGCAGGAUGCCCUCUCCGACGGAACCCCUAUGGUUGUCUUCUGCGGUCAGGUCGUCACCUCCGCUAUUGGUAGCGACGCGUUCCAGGAGGCCGAUGUCAUUGGAAUCUCCCGUGCUUGCACUAAGUGGAAUGUCAUGGUUAGGAACGUGGCCGAGCUCCCCCAGCGUAUUAACGAGGCUUUCGAGAUCGCCACCAGCGGACGACCCGGCCCUGUCCUUGUUGAUCUUCCCAAGGAUGUUACUGCUGGUAUUCUGCGACGAGCCAUUCCUACCGAGACUGCCCUACCUUCUCUCCCAAGUGCCGCUUCCCGCGCCGCCAUGGAGAUUACCAAGAAGCAGCUUACUUCUUCCAUUAAGCGUGUAGCCGAGCUCGUCAACAUCGCUAAGAAGCCCGUCAUCUAUGCCGGCCAGGGUGUGAUCCUCUCUGAGGGCGGCACCCAGCUCCUCAAGGAGCUUGCUGACAAGUGCUCCAUUCCCGUCACCACUACCCUCCAGGGUCUCGGUGGCUUUGACGAGCUUGACGAGAAGUCCCUGCACAUGCUCGGCAUGCACGGCGCUGCCUACGCCAACAUGGCCAUGCAGGAGGCCGAUCUUAUUAUUGCCCUGGGUGCUCGUUUCGAUGAUCGUGUAACUGGCGCUAUUGCCAAGUUCGCUCCUGCCGCCAAGGCUGCUGCUGCUGAGGGCCGUGGUGGUAUCGUCCACUUCGAGAUUAUGCCCAAGAACAUCAACAAGGUUGUACAGGCCACCGAGGCUAUUGAGGGCGAUGUUGCGACCAACAUAAAGCACCUCUUGCCUUACCUCGAGCCCCGCUCUAUGGACAGCCGAAAGGAGUGGUUCGGCAAGAUCAAGGAGUGGAAGGCCAAGUGGCCCCUGUCCGACUACGAGCACGCUGAUCCUGAGCGCCCCGGCCUCAUCAAGCCCCAGACCCUGAUCGAGGAGCUGAGCAACCUGACCGCUGACCGCAAGAGCGAGACCUACAUCGCCACCGGUGUCGGCCAGCACCAAAUGUGGACUGCUCAGCACUUCCGAUGGAGGCACCCCCGAUCCAUGAUCACCUCUGGUGGUCUGGGUACUAUGGGCUUCGGUCUGCCCGCCGCCAUUGGCGCCAAGGUCGCCCAGCCUGAUGCCCUCGUUAUCGAUAUUGAUGGUGAUGCCUCCUUCAACAUGACCCUGACUGAGCUCUCCGCCGCAGCCCAGUUCAACAUUGGUGUCAAGGUGAUUGUCCUCAACAACGAGGAGCAGGGUAUGGUGACCCAGUGGCAAAACCUCUUCUACGAGGACCGAUAUGCCCACACCCACCAAGCCAACCCCGACUUCAUGAAGCUCGCCGAUGCCAUGCACGUGCAGUGCCGCCGCAUUUCCAAGCCCGAGGAGGUUGUUGACGCUCUGAAGUGGCUGAUCAACACUGACGGCCCUGCCCUCCUUGAGGUUAUGACCGACAAGAAGGUUCCCGUGCUGCCCAUGGUGCCCGCCGGAUCCGCCCUGCACGAGUUCCUCGUCUAUGAUGGAGUCAAGGAUAAGAAGCGACGCGCGCUGAUGCGUGAGCGUACUGGCGGUCUCCACGGCUAAAUUUCACCUGUGACUCAAGUUC